ACAUCAUUGACCAGUGUUGGAUUGAAGCAGAGAAGCACAAAACCAAGGAACAACAGGCAAGUGCAAUACUACACAAGUUUCAUAGUUGGAUUAUUGUUAUUUUCGGUAAGAGUUUAAGAUCGACGAAUUUAAAGUGUUCGACUAUGGCUGUUCUGAUUUUAGUUUUGCGUAGAUGUUUUUGUACAAAAGACACCUAUUUUUUAUGAUAAAAUCUUAGUAAAUGAUCAUUUCUUGUGUGCCUAGUUUAGUUUCAAAUUUCUACAAAUAUUUCUGACAAAUCAAUUGUACCAUUCCUCAAACAUCUUGUAGAUUAGCUAUGAACUUAGGGAUAUUCUUUAUCUGCACAGGGACGUCCGCUUCUCCCUAUAGUUUCUUGCUGCGACAAAGUUGAGCUUCGUUACGAGAUUGCGAACAAUCUAAGGCGUCUAAAUCAGAAAGUGAAUGCCAUCUUAAAGGGAAAAUCUCAGCUCCUGCUAAUAUCAACAGUGCCCAAUAAGCAGACAACCAAAUUAAGUCGUAAAAUGUCUCAAGUACUCGAGUCUGACACUGUUGGAACAGAUAUAGAGACUGAUACUGAUAAUUUGGUUAAGAUGUUAACAGAAAAGGAGAAAGAGGAUCACCUUCUCUUUGCGAUAGUCGGGCUGGGCGGGAUUGGAAAGACGACUCUUGCUAAAAGGAUAAACGAGAAUGAAAGAAUAAGGGGUGUUUUCGAAAUAAUAUUAUGGGUCUGUGUCUCGAAAGACUUAUCGGAUACCAGCCUCCUCACGAAGAUCAUCGACUUAGCUGGCGGAGAUUCUACUGAGGCAAGAUUUAUUGCUCAGCUUGAGCCCAUUUUGGCGAAAACAAUAGCACAAAAAAGAUUCCUGCUGGUACUCGAUGAUGUAUGGGAUGCACAAAUCUGGGAGGAUUUGUUGAAAACUCCAUUAAAAGAUGGCGCUAGAGGCAGUAGAGUUUUAAUUACAACGAGAUACGAAAGUGUCGCUAAGAAAAUGGGGGCUGUUCAUGUCCAUAAUGUGAAACAAUUGUCGACCGAACAUGGUUGGAUGUUGCUCAGUCGAUCAGUAACUCCAAAUGAGGAGGAAAUUCACAAUUUGAGAAAUAUUGGGAAAAAAAUUGUCGGGAAAUGCAACGGCCUUCCUUUGGCAAUCAAGACGAUAGCAGGUGUUUUGAGAACUAGGGAGCGAAGUAAAAAAGAAUGGAAGCGAGUCUAUGAAAGCAAAUCAUGGUCUUGGAAAGAGCUUCCUCCUCAGGAAGUAAUGGGAGCUCUUUAUUUAAGCUACAAUGAUUUGCCGCCUCAUUUGAGACAAUGCUUUCUCUAUUGCUCAUUAUUUCCUGCAGAUUUUACUAUUAAUCGACGCAUUCUUAUUCAGCAAUGGAUCUCAGAGGGAUUGGUUGAGAUGAAAAAAGAUGAUUCUACGCUAGAAGAGAUAGCAGAAGAGUACUGCAAUGAAUUAGUAGUAAGAAAUCUGCUGCAAAUAGAGCACGAAUACCAUAACGGGAAAAGUUUCAAGAUGCAUACCCUCUUACAAUCUUUGGCGCAAUUCCUCUCGCGAGAAGAAAUUUUCAAGGACGAUCUCGAAUUUGACCUCUCAUCAACGACUCGACGCGUAUCACUCGCGAGCAAAGAAAUAAUGGGAAUCCCCAAUGAAGUCAAAAAGCAAGAGAGCCUCAGAACAUUGCUUCUCUCCAUGAAUCCAUUAAAAGGGGGUGGCUUGGACGACGUCUUUGUAAAGCUUCGUUGCCUCCGCGUCUUAGACCUUAGUGAAACAGCAAUCAAGCAAAUUCCAGACACAUUGAGAAAUUUAGUACACCUUAGGUACCUCAAUCUUUCUUCAACAAGGCUUAGAGAAAUCCCCGAAUCUAUUAGGCAUCUAUGGAACCUUCAAUUCUUAGGCCUCAAAGAGUGUAAGCGACUCCGUGCCCUUCCGAAGGGACUCGAACAGCUAAGAAGGCUAAGAAGCCUUGAUCUUGCAGGGACUGAGAUCAGUGAUGUGCCAUUUAAAAUAGGUAAGUUGAAACUCCUCAACACACUAUCGGGCUUCGUCGUGAAUGGUGCGGUAGCGUCUGAGGAAGAGCUGAAUGGGUGCACUUUAGAAGAGAUCAAGCAUCUUUCGGAACUUAGAACACUCCAAAUUGUGAACUUGGAGAGGGCCAUGAACCAUAUCAAUGCACGGGGGGCGGAACUUAAGAACAAGCCUCAUUUGACGGAGCUCGAGUUAGGUUGUAGCAGUGAGAGCAGAGACUAUUACUCAUUUGAGCUCCCGACGACCAUAAAAAGAGUUGAAGAGAUCUUCGAGGAGCUCUGCCCCCCACCAUGCUUGGAGUCUCUUAAGAUCACUAACUACUUCGGCACAAAGUACCCAUCUUGGAUAUCAACUGCUUUGCUUCCGAAUCUCCGUCGACUAGAUCUUAGUAACUGUAGGCUCUGCCGACGGCUUCCACCGCUAGGGCAACUCCCCAAAUUGAAAUUUCUGUCCAUAACAGACUCUUACGUAAUUGAGGCCAUCGGCGACGAGAUGGUAGGGACCGAAGAACAGGUGGCAUUUCCCAAACUGGAAAAGUUUCAUAUACGAAACAUGGCCAAUUUAGCAAACUGGUCCGGAUUCGAAACCGGGACGCUCCCACUUCUGCAAUCGUUCCAGCUCGAAAGCUGCCCUAAAGUGAGAUCCUUACCCGACGGCCUCCAACGUGCCACUGCACUACGAGAGUUAUGGGUGGUUGACGCGAAGAUUCUCGAAGUCAUUGAGAACCUCGAAACACUUGAAGAACUCAGCGUGUGGAACACGCCCAGAUUAGAAAAGAUCACAAACCUCCCCUCCCUCAAAGAGCUUAGCAUAAGCUACUGCCCUGCAUUGAAGACUGUAGAGACAAUCGGUUCGCUACGACGAGUGCACAUUUACGACUACGACAUGCAGGAAAUUCCGCAAUGGGUGGGAUUAAACUCCUCGACAAUUCGGUCAUUGGAUUUGGCAUGCUCAGAUGAACUGCUCAAGAGGUGCACCAUCGGUGGUGCGAAUUGGGAGCUCAUAAAAGAUAUCGAGCAUGUUCACGGGUAUUCNACGAAGAGAUCACGGCUUGCUCUUCUCCUCAGGGAAGGCGCGGGGUCGAACGCCGAGCCGCUGAAGAAGUGCCGGUCGCUGAUUCUGGAAAAUGCCAAAACAAGCCACGAAUCGCCGUUAAAUGCAACCCUGCAUGAACCACAAACUAACAAAGAAGAAGAAGUCGUUCAUACAACCAAAGAUGCUUCUUUGAUACUCGAUUCUUCGCCUGCGAAUUCAAAUUCAAAUCCAAAAUUUGAAGCUGAUGAAGUGGCUGUUCCUUCGUUGCACAGAAACGCUCUCUGCGGCAUUUCGUCGAACACCGAGGAGGACGAGUUCGUGGACGCCGCGGCCUGCUUCAGUCCAAUAAGAGGAGGCCACGUGGAGGCUCCGGCAUCCGAGGCAUACCUGAAUUGA